UGCUGUCGCUAAUCGUACAUUGCGAUAAUUACCCAACUCCCCAAGUGCUAAACCUUCUUCCCUCUUGUUUCAGAACCAACCACACACCAUUUUCAGAUCUGCACUGCCUAAUUCGAUAUUGCGAAAAUUCCAUAAGCAGUUUGGUUCGCACUUGGCUUUGUUGUGGAAUAUUGAAAAAGAAAAGAUGAAUGCAUUAGCUGCAACAAGUAGAAAUUUCAAGCAGGCUGCCAAGCUGCUGGGCUUGGACUCUAAGCUGGAGAAAAGUCUGCUUAUUCCAUUCAGAGAAAUAAAAGUUGAGUGCACAAUCCCAAAAGAUGAUGGUACUUUAGCGUCAUUUGUUGGAUUCAGAGUGCAACAUGAUAAUGCCAGAGGCCCUAUGAAGGGAGGUAUCAGAUACCACCAUGAGGUUGAUCCAGAUGAGGUUAAUGCUUUGGCACAAUUGAUGACUUGGAAAACGGCUGUAGCAAAUAUUCCAUAUGGAGGUGCUAAAGGUGGAAUCGGGUGCACUCCGGGGAAACUUAGUAAAUCUGAACUUGAGAGACUUACUAGAGUUUUCACUCAGAAGAUACAUGAUUUGAUUGGCAUUCACACAGAUGUUCCAGCACCUGAUAUGGGGACUAAUUCACAGACAAUGGCUUGGAUACUGGACGAGUACUCAAAGUUUCAUGGUUAUUCACCAGCAGUUGUUACUGGAAAACCUGUUGAUCUUGGAGGAUCUCUUGGUAGAGAAGCAGCUACUGGAAGGGGGGUGCUGUUUGCCACAGAAGUUCUACUAGAGGAGCAUGGAAAGAGGCUUGAAGAUCAGCGCUUUGUGAUACAGGGCUUUGGUAAUGUUGGAUCAUGGGCAGCCCAACUCAUUAGUGAAGCUGGUGGUCAGGUGAUUGCUGUUAGUGAUGUCACUGGGGCAAUUAAGAACAGUAAAGGUCUGAACAUAAAAGAAUUGCUAAAACAUUCAUCAGAGAAUCAUGGAAUUAGAGGCUUCACUGGCGGAGAACCCAUCGAUCCAGGUUCUUUGCUAAUUGAAGACUGUGAUGUUCUCAUUCCUGCAGCACUUGGUGGUGUGAUUAACAGGGAAAAUGCGAAUGACAUAAAGGCCAAAUUCAUUGUUGAGGCUGCAAAUCAUCCAACUGAUCCUGAAGCUGAUGAGAUCUUAUCAAAGAAAGGUGUCGUCAUUCUUCCAGAUAUAUAUGCCAACUCUGGCGGAGUUACUGUCAGUUAUUUUGAGUGGGUUCAGAAUAUCCAAGGAUUCAUGUGGGAUGAAGAGAAGGUGAAUGCUGAACUGAGAACAUACAUUAUCAGAGCCUUCAACAAUAUGAAGGAGAUGUGCAAGACCUACAACUGUGAUCUACGCAUGGGAGCUUUUACUCUUGGAGUCAACCGAGUUGCACGAGCAACUGUUCUUCGAGGAUGGGAAGCUUGAUUGCUAAGCUUUUGUGUUGCCUUGUUGCAGCAAAAUGAUAACUCAGUACAAGAAAUAAGUUAUCUGCUGAAACAAACUGAUUUUAAAUAAUACCCCAGGUUGAGUUUGUUUGAUGA